UGUUGGCAAGCGUGUGGUCCUCACGCUCGAUCUUUAUGAUGGCAGCAUUGGGCACCUUUGUAUCUGGGAUGAUCUUGAUCCUUGAGCACGGUUAGUAUUCACGGCGGGGGAUCCGGUGUCAGGGGCUAGAACAUACUUCUCCACGCCAUCUGGCAAGAUGAACAACUCGAAUCUGUCUGGGGCAUUCAUGUUCGGUGGAGGGGAUAGAUGACCAGGAGAGCUGUGGAGGACAUAGAGGUGGAAGUUGAUAGUCACGGGCCCGUCCUGCAGGGAGGCCCGAAUUCCAAUGGGCGGUCUUUGCCUGGCAAAGGCCAGAGCUAGGAAAUGCUAGACCUCACUGCGUGCCUCUAGAUCCAGGAGGCUAUUUUGGCCGCCAGAUCGGGGACAGUUCAAGCUGCCAGGUUGUGCAUGCCAGUGCCAGCACUUUGUUUGGCAGUGCAGCUGAGUUGACCGGGGCGCACGGAAUAAUCCACAGGCCGGAUCUUUGGUGAGC